UGAACGGYGCGGCGCGAGCCGAGCGGCCUGCCCGGGCCGGCGGGGUCCGUGCGCUGCCCGCAAUGCCCGGCCGCCCCGAGGACUAUGAGGUGCUGCUUACCAUCGGCGCCGGCUCCUACGGGAAAUGCCGCAAGGUGCGCCGCAAGGCCGACGGCAAGAUCUUGGUAUGGAAGGAGCUGGACUAUGGCGCGAUGACGGAGUCGGAGAAGCAGAUGCUCGUGUCGGAGGUGAAUUUGCUGCGGGAGCUGCGGCACCCGAACAUCGUUCGCUACUACGAUCGCAUCAUCGACAGGAGCAGCACCACUCUGUACAUCGUCAUGGAGUACUGCGAUGGGGGAGACCUGGCCGGCUUGAUUGCCAAGUGCGUCAAAGAAAGGCAUUUCUUGGAAGAAAGCUUUGUUCUCAGAGUGUUGACUCAACUAACAUUGGCCUUGAAGGAGUGCCACAGACGGAGUGAUGGUGGAGUCACUGUGCAUCGUGACCUGAAACCAGCCAAUGUCUUUCUAGAUAGCAAACAGAAUGUAAAACUUGGAGAUUUUGGACUGGCUAGGAUAUUGCACCAUGAUACCAGCUUUGCCAGAACAUUUGUUGGAACUCCAUAUUACAUGUCUCCAGAACAAAUGAACUACAUGUCAUACAAUGAAAAAUCUGACAUCUGGUCUCUAGGAUGUCUUGUGUAUGAAUUAUGUGCUCUCUCGCCUCCAUUUACAGCUUUCAACCAAAAAGAACUGGCAGAAAAGAUAAGGGAAGGCAAGUUCAGGCGAAUACCAUAUCGCUACUCAGAUGAGUUGAAUGACCUUCUCAGGGAGAUGCUGAAUGUAAAGGAUUACUGCCGACCUUCUGUUGAAGAUAUUCUGCAGCACCCCUUGCUUGAAGACUUGGUGACAGAAGAACAAAAACAGAAUUUUGAUAGAAGAUGCUUGAGAAUAUGGGAGCCAGAAAGGCUGCAAUACUCAGAUGUUGCAAUGGACCUGAAACGGAAGGAGCAACAACUACAGGAGCGAGAACAAGCCAUUAAAGAGAGAGAACAACGUUUGGAGCAGAGAGAACGGGAACUCUGUGUUCGGGAGAGACUGGCAGAGGACAAACUUGCUAGAGCUGAAAACCUGUUGAAGAGAUGCAAUCUCCACAAGCAGGCGCGGGAGGUAACGUGCGUGGAAGGUCCAGAUAAUGCACUCCUGCUUCCCUUUUCUUCAAUCAAGAAUUCACUCUUUGAUGGAAGUGAAGACAGAGCUGUGUCUCCUCAUAAUAUGGAAAACUAUUUCCUUUCCAAAGGGAAAAGCUCUGAUCUCAAAAGGCGUCUAUAUGCUGCAAAUCUACGAGCUCAAGCACUGGCUGAACUGGAAAAAAAUUAUCAACUAAAGAGCAGACAGAUCUUGGGCAUGCGUUGAAACUGUAACAGAUGUAUUUAUCUUUGAAAAGAUGAUUAAAUGUAUAGGCAGAUACUUGUGCCUCCCUCUUUUAAGCUAGAACCUACUGAGAAAUUAUUUUAACAGUGUUUGUACAAAUUCUUAGCUUAUGAUAGGUAGUUUAUGAUAAACACUAUAUGGUGAAAAUAGGUGAUUUGAUACCAAAUAAAACAAACUGGAUUAAUUGUUUUA